AUCGGAAGUGCAGUGUAAAGAAAUGUAAAACCCAACAAGACAGACGGUGGUAAACGGUGUCCGAUUUCUUGUGAAAAUUAUAAUGCUCCGGUUGUUGCACGUUUGCUGGUAGACGAAGAUUAGCCGACGAUAACCCUUUGCAAUGCCCGGUGCAAUUGUACCUGGAGGAUGGUGUGUGCACAAUCAGUCAACAUAACAUCAUUACCUGCUGUUGGACAUAAUUGAUCCCAGACUGUGCGUGAAUUGUGGUGCAUGAAGAGUGUUCUGUUGCGCUUUAUAGUUUGGUGCUGAUCCGGUGAUAGUGUGAUAUCGUGCGUGUAGCGUGAAGUUCAUAGUGUAUUUUUUGGUUACCGAACUUUUUAGGUUACGGACUGCACGGGUCCAGUUUCAAGGAGCAGAGUACACACUCGGUCAAAGUACAGCACGAUGUGCAAAGGCGUAAACAGCAGUUAACAUUACCCCUUACGGUAACGAGCAAGCGAAGGAAGUUUUUUUCUGUUCCAAAGGCAGGAACAAAUUGUGUGUGUUUUAGGGAUAUUGCAGUUUUCAGAUUGCACUAUUGCCGUUCCUCUGCCGGACACGAGCCAUACCGAAGCCAGCGCAAGGACAAAAUAGUGUCACCUGUAUCAGCAUGACGUCGCACUGGGAGGAUUUUUAUGCUACUCAUCUACCGCCGAACUGUUUCGAGGAUAAUCGAUCCUUGCUGAAGGAAUUCUGCGACCGACACUACAAACUCAAGAGCCCCAUCGUGCUCGUUACGUCUGGCGGUACGACCGUUCCAUUGGAGCACAACACGGUGCGCUUUGUGGAUAACUUCAGUGCCGGCAACCGUGGGUCCGCUUCGGCCGAGUACUUUCUUGAGCAUGGGUAUGCCGUUAUAUUUAUGCAUCGAAGCAAAUCACUGGAACCGUUUUCACGUCACUUCACCGGCCAGCAGCUGCUGGAUAUGCUGGAACUGCACGAGGAAGGAAUGAGCACCACAAUUACUGUAAAACCAGACUCGGUGGAUGUGCUGGCACCGGUGCUAGACAAGUACAAAAAUGCCCAGGAAACGCACCGGAUGCUGUACAUCACCUUCACUAGCGUGGUCGACUACAUGUGGCUGUUGCGUGCGGCCUGUGAAUCGUUGGCACCGUUCGAGCGGAAUGCGGUGCUCUUUUUGGCCGCCGCCGUUUCCGACUUUUACGUGCCACAGGAUGAGAUGCCAACGCAUAAGAUACAGUCCGGGCACGGUGCACCGACGAUAUCGCUCCAGCUCGUGCCAAAGAUGCUGGCCCCGCUUGUGAGCCUCUGGGUGCCGCUUGCGUACGUUGUGUCGUUUAAGCUGGAAACGGACGAAGCGUUGCUGAUAGCCAAAUCGCGCGAAAGUCUUAACAAGUACAAGCACAAGCUGGUGAUCGCGAACAUACUGCAGACGCGCAAGAACCGUGUCGUGUUUGUGACACCCAGCAGCAACUACGAGAUUGUGCUGACGAAGGAUCAGGCCCUGUCCGGGCUGGAGAUCGAGGAACCGAUAGUGGCGGAUGUGGUACGGCGGCAUCAGGACUACGUCCGGGAGACGGAACAGCCAACACAUCAAUGACCCACGCGUUCGACCCGGCCCUCGCCCAACAGUGGGCCCGGGACGCAGGUCGACUGUCACGUUACGUUACCACAUUUCUGCAAAGUUUUGAACCCGGGCCGGAAGUACUAGCUACGGCAUGCGAGUGCUCAAUCGUAAACUAAAAUAGAUGGGAAAGUUUAGAGCAACGUAAGAAUGGGAAUGUUUUUGUUAUUAUUUUUCUUUAUUUGAACGGUUCUCGUUUUGUACUAUCGUCUGUUGGUUGUAAGAAAAUUCGUUCCAUUGGUAUAGGAUAUUAUAAAUUAUUAAAAUUAUUUUAAUUUGGGCAGUUUUAUGAGGUUACGUAAAAGUACAUUCCAACGGUAAGCGAAUGCAUAACGCUUUAGUUUAACACCGUCAUUUUGCAUAGUUUCAUGAAUGGUUCAUUAGUAAGAUAAGGACAAAAUAAAACAAGUGAAACACCAGAAGAUGUUACGCCCCUCUGCCGAAACCUUGCGGUGAAAAAAUACAAAGUUUCGACCAUGUUCCUUAUGUACAUGGAGAUAUCUGACAGGAGGGAAUGAAUGAUAAUUCCUGUAAAACCCCAUGCAUGUUUCACCUUGCGUGUUUCGGCACUUUCCUCGUGUAGACGGCACCAGCAGUUCCUAGCUAACAGUAACUAGUAGAUUGCAUUCUUUAGCUCUCUGUGGGACACAAAAUGUUUCGUCGACGAAUGUCGAAGAAAUUAGAUGUGGCAAACGUUUAAACUUUCGUUAAUUAUUUUUGGCUUUUGUUUUUGAUUGCUAUAUAUUUUUUGUACAACGUAAUGAUGAAAGGUAGUUGAUCCGAUGCUACGCAUACAAGUUAACAAAACAUAUAUAACAUGAUUCCUUCUGAUCCUGCUAUACGAAAGAUGGGCAAAAUGUGUAGAAGUAAAAUCUCCCGUAGUGUGGAGAUUAUAGUGAAAUGCUCCCCAGAACCAUUGAGCUUAAGGGCAACCGGCAAGUGUAUCGGAGUUGAACUUCGAUUGAAAAUAGUAACUCAUUUUGGGGUAAUCUGCUUUCUCCACCUGUUACGACAAUGUCACUGCAGGAUUCUUAUAAAAUUUUAUCGAAGGAGCGGAAACGAGUAGAUAUACAUAAGUAGUAUAAAUACUUAGCGAAACGAAUGUGUGCUGCUCUUCUUCUUUUUCUAGACACCCGAAGCAUGUGACAUACAUAGCAUUAAACUGUAAUCAGAACUAACCGUAGUGAUGUUGCUAGCUAACAAUGGUGAAAGUAAAUCAUGUGACCAUGUUUGUGGUGGAAGUAAAAAGAAAAGAAAUCCCUUUAGAAAGCAUAUUCAUCGAUAUCAUUUUAUACACAGUGGUAGGAAUAUAUAUAUGUAUGGUGCCUCCUUUUAUAGCAUUACAAUGAAAUUGUAUCGGAACCAUUAAACAAAGAAAGAAACGAAGGCAAGAGGCUCCUGAGGAUUUGUUACUAGUUUUUUUUUCAAUAUAAUGGACAAGCUAUCGAAGAAUGACCCAACAAUUUUAAAGCGUAAAUAUUCCAGAAAUAAAAUUUCUGACUCCUGUAGGGCGUUCCGGAACUGGAAAAGAAAAACCAUAUAAAUCAAGAAUAUUUACUAGUUACGUUAUGACAUAUCAAACAAUUUUUUUAAUGAAGAAAUUGAUUUGUUUUGAAAUAUAAAAUCCAGUGUAUAAAAUUGUAUUAUCACUUUUUACAAGUACGAUAAAAAACAAUGAAAAAUCGUUCUCCAAAUUAUUGCAAUAGAGUCUAUUAGCUAAACUCCCAAGGUCGUCCUACCUGAUUGAACUAAACAGGAAACUAAUUCUGGCUUGACAUAUCGAGCCAGCAAAAGAAUUUAUUUUCAUAAAAUUUUCAUAGAUGUUUGCAUUUACCAGCUAUUAAUUUGAUUCGACAAAUGGGCAAUCCAAGCUAUGUUGCAAAUAAGGUGUAGUUGUGUUAAGAACGUUAAUCAAAAUAAAAUAAGAAAUCCUCCUUUUUUGUUGACGGUGUUGCAGUGUUUUAGCAAUCGUAAUGGUAGGAAAAUAGUCAAAAAUACAUAUAAACAAAGAUGAAAUUAAACAAACAAACAAACAAAUCCGGUUCCUGUUAAUGCCAACACAGCAAAAAAAAAAGUUCAGCAGCAGAGAAGAAAGAUAAUUAAAUAAAUAAACACACACAUAAAAUAGCAACCAUCGGUAGUGUAACUAAAGUAGUGAACAAGUGUUAUCAAAGGCACGAAGAAAGUAGGCAAAACAGAGUAAUGAAAACUAACUAAGUAAAAGGAUAAAUCAAGUAAUGAGUAAAAUCUACGAAACCAUGAUAAAUCAAGCAAAACAAGAAGCGGAAUGGUAGUAAAAUUAGAUACUCUGAUCAAGAACUUCUGUCCUCGCGAGAAUAGCGCUCAUUCGAUAAAUAUAGAUGAGGUACUACGAGGUACGAUGAAGAACCAUACCAUCUAACGUAGAGUGCUUGAACCAACAACAACAAAAUGCGGUCCUAUACACCCGUAGCAUAACAACAACGUAGCGCAUUUGCUUUAAAACAUUGCAAGCUGAUGAACAGCUGUUCCCGAUGUGCAAAAUGGUUGACAAAAUAGCACAGGAUGAAUUGAAAAAAUGUCUAUAAAGGGAUUGUACGCAUGCUGAUGAUAUGAUAGAAACGAUUAAUAGUUGUCCUACCUGUUGAUGUUGCAUUUACUUUAUUCGUUACGUUUUUCAUUCUUCUUAUCAAGUUAUACUUUUCUAGUUUGGUUUGCAUAGUUUUUUUCCCCCUAUUCAUUUGUAGGCACAUGUUACUUAAAUGUUUUACACAUGAUGGUAAGUUGUUGUGGUAAAAGCUGCUAAAGUGACUUUUUGUUUUGCAUGAAGUGUCCCUUCCUGAUCAUAGUGUGACACGAAAGGAACCAAGAAUGAGGAAUUAAACGAUUCGGGGGCGGUAGGUUAAUACGAAGAACUGAAGGAACCAGUUAUAUUUAGACGAACAGAUUAAAUGAUAUACACGUUUAGCGAUAACUUAUAUAUAUACACACACAGACACAAGUAUAUACAUGUGUAAUAACUACAGAUAUAUUAAAUGCGUAUACACAUAAUCCUAUUACAGGCUAUAAUAAAUAAAAGAAUAACUGAA